AUGAACGUUGCAAAUACAGCUUUAGAGGGACUUAAAAAUAAAAAACUAAUUUAUGGAUAUAAUGUUUAUGAUACGUGUUAUGAAGAUCACGACCUUAUUGAAGCAAUUUUGGAUGUUUUGAUUGGUUCAAUUGACGCUAAGUCGGAUGAGGAAUGUUUGUGUUUUAAACCUGAAGAAAGGAAAGAGUUUGUAACAUCUGUUAUUACGAGUGUUUCAGCAGAUGAAACUAUUUUAGCAGCUAAUUUACUGCUUCAUGGCAGCAAUGACUUGGUGUCAAUUACUUCAGAUAGUCCCAAUCUUGACACUGGUGCAUAUCCAUAUUAUAUUCGGAUGAGAAACUUGGAUGCGAAGCCGUUUCUUGUAUAUAAUUUCCUUAUUUCUGUGUUUAAAUGGAAGAACAUUGGGAUUGUAUUUUCUGAUAAUGAUUAUGGUGAAAUGGGCUAUUCAUAUUAUUUGGACGUUUUAAAACCAACUGGACUAUGCUUAAGUCUUGUGUCAUUCUUUUCAAACGAAAACGAGAAAACAGUUUUGAAUACUUUAAAAGAGAAUGUGUACCUUGAUGCUGUUAUACUGUGGCUGACAAAUGGAGAUGGAUUAAAAUUUCUUGACUUGGCUGAAACUUAUAAAUUAUACAACAGAACUUGGAUAGCAAGUCCUUUGCUUUCAGAAGUGAGGCUUGACGUUUUGGAAAAAUUUAACCCAUAUUUAGUUCAGGGAAUGUUAAUUCUCAAAGAUAUCAAAGCCCAAGAAGUCCACCAAUCAGAUUUCAUGAAAUACUUUUGGAACUGGUUUAAUUCUACAGUUAAAAAAAGACCAUGGUUAACCAAUUUUCUUGAGCAGAAUUCUCUCAACAUAAACAACAUAAAUAUAAGCAUAUUGAAAAAUAACAUUUCAAGUAAAAGUUAUCAAAAUAUACACAAUCUGUACAAAGCUCUUCAUUUUACAAGCUUUGACAUCACUAGCAUUGCAGAAAAUGCCGAAGGUGAACUUGACAUGAUGCGAAGACUUAAAGUAAGAACAUUACAUACUAACAAUCUUUAUCAAUGGUUAUUGAAAGUGCAAGAUAUAUAUGUGUAUUUACUUCAAGUUGACAUUGCUCAGCAUAAAAUACAGGCUUCAUCUCUUGGUGGAGUUGUCCUUUUUCAUGAUAAGAUACACAAUUUUCUUAAUAUACCCUCAGAAGCUCGUUGGUCUGCAUAUCGCAAACAUAUUCCUCCUUCGACUUGCUUUGCACAAUGUAAACCAGGAUUUAGCCCUUUAUAUACAAACGGUGUUUGUUGUAUGAUUUGUUUACCGUGUGCAGAAGGUUUUGUGAAACCAAAUCAUGGCAAUACCAUGUGUGAGCAAUGUCCGAAAAAAACAGAGUCCAAUCAAAAUCAAACUUUUUGCAUAAAGUACAAAGACGUUUAUGUAUCGUUCACCAGCACUACUGCUUAUGUUAUAUACAUACUUGCUACUUUAGGACUGGUAUUCAACCUUACUUCUAUUGUUUCGUUUGUGAAACAUCGAAAUACACCAAUCGUACGCGCAUCAAAUCUGCCAUUAUCUUUAUUUCAACUCGCUGUUCAUGCUUUGUUAUUUCCACAGUUUUUAUUUUUCAUCGGCGAGAUAAGGGAGACCACAUGCACGGUGGCUGUCGUUUUGCAAGGUUGGUGUGUGUGUUUGAUUUUAAGUAUAAUUUAUUCUAAAACCGCUCAUUUGAUUAAAAUUUUUAAAAUGAAAAGAAGAUUAUCCAGCUCGGUGAUGCGGAGGAGUUUUCCCUAUGCUUCAAUAUUUGGGAUUCAAUUCGUCUAUAUUGUUGUUAUUUUAACUGUCAUCUUUUACUCGCCAAAAAGUGAAUUGAAAAAUGUCCAAAUCAAAUCCAGUUUACUAAAUGAAGUUUCUUGUGACAAUCGCAAUCUUAUGAAAUUUCAGGUGUCAUUUAUUUUGAUUUUAUCAUUCUUGUGCAGUAUCCAAGCAUUCAGAGCAAGACAUUUACCCGCGGUUUUCUCUGAAACAAAAUAUAUAUUCUACUCAGCUUUUAUCACUUUAAUAGUUCUAACUAUGUCCACCUUGUUGCUGUUCAGUCAGAAAGACACCAAUCAGAGUUUAUUAUUAAAGUACUUGUGCGUAUUUCUUAUUAAUAUGUCCACUUUGGUUUGCAUGUUUGGCGCGAAAUUAUGGAUAUUGCUGUUUCGGCAACAUAAGAAUAAAUCUGGUGUUAUUGGACGAUCCAUAUACAAUCACGUGCUGUCGAAAUUGGAUAUCACAAUGUCACGCUCACAUGAGAAGAUAUAG